AUGCAAGCAGCGACGGCGCGGGCCGCGGUCGACGAGUGCUAUCGCCAUUGCGACAAGCUUCGGAAGGGCUACCUGGACAAGGACGAGCUCAAGUGGGCCGUCACAGCCUUGCUCGGCAGCACGCCCACCAAGCUCGUGCUUUGCCAGAUGUUCGAGGAGCUCCGAGCUACGUACCCGGACGUCAAGGUGCCACGCGACCGGUUCAUUUCAGUCAUCUCGAGCCGCGUCCUGAACAUCGACAUCACCGAGACGCUGCGCCGCUGGUUCAUGGCCUUUGACUCCGCGUCGCAGGGCUACAUAAACUUCGAGAGCUUCUCGAACGCUUGCGCCCAGGUCGUGCCGCACAUGCGCCCCAGCGUCGUGCACGAGCUCUUCCGGGAGGCCGACACGAAUAGCGACGGCAAGGUGACGUUCACUGACUUUGAGCGCGUCAUGCUCAUCUCGAUGACGCUGCCGCCUUGA